AUGGCUCCUACAAUCUUCAUCGUUCCUGGGUUCUAUGAAGGCCCCACGGUCUUCCAACCUCUCACCGGAAGCCUCAACGAACGAGGCUUCAAGACGGUUAUCACGACUAUCUCAAGCACUGGCAAGACUCCUCCAGGGAACCCAAACAUGGAUGAUGAUAUUGCGAACAUCGCCAAGGACCUUGCUCCAGUCGUUGAGGAAGCAGGUGAGGAAGGCGUCGUUGCAGUCAUGCUCUCCGCAGGUGGCUUCAUUGGGAGCGGUGCCCUCAAGGGUCUUACUUUCAAAGCAAGGCAAGAUACUGGAAAAGCUGGAGGAGUCAAGAAACUCGUUUUCAUUGCAGCUGGUGUGGCACCUGAGGGUUUUGAACAAGGACCAAUGCCGUUCUUUGACCAUCAUGAGUCAAAUGGCACGCAUUCAUGCAAAGACCCCAGAAACUUGCUAUAUAGCGACUUCUCGGACGAAGAGGCGAACAAGUGGCUUCCGGGUCUUCAAAAUCAGGCUGACAGAGGUUGGGCGACCGCACUUCAAUAUUGCGGAUGGAGAGAAGUACCAAGUGUCUACAUCAUCUGCGAGGGGGAUAAACUGUUACCUGCUGAUAUCCAGGAACAGUUCGUGGGUCUGGCAGGUAGCGAGAUCGUGAGGGUUGGUGCUGGACAUAUGGUGCAGUUGAGCCAGACCGAAAAGCUGGCCGACAUCAUCGCUUCACAUGCGGAUUGA